AUGGCUUCUGGACUAGGGUAUCGAGCCCUUAACAUUAGAGAAGACGAAUUUCGACUGCUGGUGUUUGAGAAUACCGAAAAUCUCGGAUCUGACGAGCUGCUCAAAUGUCACGUCCAACAUGAAUCCAUGCGAAGGGCUGCUCUACUGCCGAACUUCUACGCGGUUUCGUACACCUGGGGCGAUGUCUCGAAGCAAAGCACUAUCCUUGUGGGUAACAACAAGAUCAGGGUACCCAGGAACGCCGAAGUAGCUUUGCGGAGAUGCAUCAACGAACUCCAUCGUCAAGGAAUCAGCCAGGAUAUCCGGCCUAGGAGGUUCUAUGUCUGGAUAGACGCUGUGUGUCUGAACCAUGGGGAUGCAAGAGAGAAGAGCUCUCAGCUUUCAUUGAUGAACGCUAUCUACUCCGAAGCGAAGACCGUCAUGAUAUGGCUGGGCGAGGAUGAGGAUGAUCUGGCCGAGGAAGCCGUACGCUCCGUCUGGGACGUAGUCGGCCAAUGCAAGGCAGAGACCAACGAUCUGGAUGGCCUGUUCAAGCGCCUUUGGGACACGAGCGCACGCAGACUGUCGAUCAAAAGCUCGAGCGAUGAACUGCCACCAUCAUGCAAUCUAGCAGCGCUGCGCAGCUUCUACUCCUCCCGCUGGUUCACCCGCCUCUGGGUGAUCCAGGAAGCCUGUCUCGCGAAGCACGCUAUCUGCCUCAAAGGAACCCACACCAUCCCGCUCUACGAUGUAGGACUAGCGGCGCAGUGGAUGUGGUAUCGAGGUCGUGGUAAGCUAUCAGCAUACGAUCCAGGCACUGGCAGCCAUGUCAAAGGCAUCAGAAACGCGACUGAGAUCUGGGAUUGUAUGCCGCAUGCUUAUGCGACGCCGAAAUUGCUUUGGACCAUCCUGGCGAUGGGCAUGGAAUUCGAGACCACCGACCCUCGAGACAAGAUAUACGGCAUGUACGGCCUGAUCGAGCUCUGGCUGCAGCAGAUACCGGAGACCAAUCUGCGGCCUGACUACGACGUGUCGCAGGCGGAGCUGUACGCUCUCGCCACUCGAGCUGCGAUCUUGGACGCUGGCAAUCUUGCCAUAUUGAGCAUUACGAGUCGCGCAGUCGACCCAAAUCCUACCAAGGCAAAAAGAGAUCCAGGCAUGCCUUCGUGGUGCCCGAGAUUUGACUGGACGAUCGACCGCUUCAAGGGCUCAACUUGCCACAUCCAGCCGCCAAUGCGAGGAGCAAGCAACGGCAGUCCCGUUCGCCUAAGCUACAUCGAAGGGCUAGAAGACGUCUUGACGGUCGAAGGUCUUGUAGUAGACGAGGUCAGGCACACCCACACGUUCAACCUUCCAACUUCAUCCUCCAGUUCCACAAACGGAGGAACCCAGGACACCGUCCAACAAGCCUACCUCCUCGCUUCCCACCACCACUCUAGCAAACUCAACAGCCCCCUCGACCUCUCCUUCGCAAGAAGCCUCUGCGCAGGCCAAGACUCCUCUUACGCCUGCAUAACCAAUAACUCCGAUUUCCUCUCCCACGGCGCUGCCUUCUUCCAGUCCUCCCCUCACAGUAACCUCCAGAACCUCGGUGAUCGCAUCACCAAGCACCUUUACCGGCGGAAAGACUCCGGUCCAGGUCUUUCAGCCGUCGAAGCGGAUCGGGAAGUCUAUCAUAAAGCCCUCGUAAACGCGUGCCAGAACCGAGCGUUCUUCGUUACGAGGGAAGGGAGGAUAGGGAUAGGGCCGCUAGAGAUGAGGGAGGAAGAUAAGGUGUGCAUUAUUCCCGGGUCAGGGGUGCCGUUGGUAUUGCGACAGAUGGGAGUAUUCUGGAAUCUCGUGGGGGACGCGUAUGUAGAUGGGUUGAUGGAUGGGAAAUACUACUGCGAGCAAGAUGCUUUUGGGAAAUUGGAGGAGAGGAUGGAGUGUUUUCACAUCCAGUGA